AUGGGAUUACCUGAUCCUACCUCCGACCUCGAUUGGUCAGGCUACAUUGGCGCCAUCCACGAGAUAUUCCACAAGAAUGCUUUGAAGCAUCCCGAUGCGCCCUGCGUUACGGAAACGGCCUCCUCCACCACGCCCGAGAGGAGAUAUACCUACAAGCAGAUCUACGAGGCUUCCAAUAUCUUGGCCAACCAGCUCCAUGAAGCUGGUAUCACCAAUGGCGAUGUCGUAAUGAUCUUUGCCUACCGUUCCGUCGAACUCAUCAUCGCCUUCAUGGGAACCCUUGCUGCCGGUGCCACCAUUACCGUCCUAGAUCCCGCGUACCCCCCGGCGAGACAACAGAUCUACCUCGAAGUCUCACAACCAAAGGCCCUAAUCACAAUUGGCAGAGCCAGGGACGAGAAUGGUACUUUUGCGCCGCGUGUCCAGAAGUACAUUGACGAAGAAUUAUCUCUCAAGAUACGAGUACCCGAGCUACGGGUGAGCGACGAUGGCCACCUUACCGGAGGCGAGGUUGACGGGAAGGAAGUCUUUACCGACACUGAAAACAAAGCAUCAGCACCUCCGGAUGUUCUGGUGGGACCAGACUCAACAAGUAUCCUCAGCUUUACCAGUGGCACGACAUCCACGCCCAAGGGCGUUUUGGGCAGACAUUACAGCUUAGCCAAGUACUUCCCAUGGAUGGCCAAGACUUUCAAUUGGACUUCGGACACGAAGUUUGCCUGUCUAAGUGGUAUAAGCCAUGAUCCUAUCCAGAGAGACAUUUUUAGUCCAAUGUUCAUGGGCGGAGAGCUCAUUAUUCCUGCUCGCGAGAACAUCGCCCACGAAAAGUUGGCUGAGUGGUUCCGCGAUCACAAGCCCAAUGCGGUCCAUUUGACGCCCGCCAUGGGUCAAAUCUUGUGCGGCGGUGCCAAGGCAGAGUUCCCUUCAUUGAAGUGGGUUCUUUACGUUGGCGAUAUUCUGACUAAGAAGGAUUGCGCUUCUCUCCGCAAGCUGGCGCCCAACGCGGACAUUUGCGCCGCGUAUGGUACCACUGAGACGAGCCGCAGCGUAUCAUACUACCAUAUCAAGAGUCACGCCGAAGAUCCAAAUGCAUUGGAUAAAUUUGGCGAUAUUGUUCCUGCCGGAAAGGGUAUCGAGAACGUCCAACUCCUCAUAGUCAAGCGGGAUGAUAUUACCAAGCUUUGCGGCGUCGGUGAGCGUCCUGCUAACAUUCUACUUUACGGAUAUCUGAACGACCCGGAGAAAACCAAAGAAAAGUUCCUCGACAACUGGUUCGUCGACAACCAGAAAAUCUACAGGACCGGCGACUUGGGACACUUUUUGGACGAUUCUGUUCGUGGCUUCCGCAUCGAGCUCAAUGAGAUUGAUAGCAACCUGAGAGGACACCAGUUAGUCCGCGAGUGUAAGACUCUGCUUCGAAGAGAUCGGAACGAAGAGCCCACACUGGUCAGCUACAUUGUCCCCGAAGACCAAGAGUGGCUCAAGUGGCUAGCAGAACGCGGCCUGGAAGACACUGAGGAUCAAGGUACCGAGAUCGGGCCCGUCACCGUGUAUUCCAAGCGCUACCGGCCAAUGCAACCGGAGGUGCGGGAUCAUCUCAAGUCUCGAUUGCCCGUUCACGCUAUCCCGACUUAUUUCAUCUUCCUAAAGAAGAUGCCUUUGAACCCCAACGGCAAGGUUGACAGCCCAAACCUGCCGUUCCCGGAUGCGGCCUUGAUCUCGGAAGAGGCUUCAGAGGAGGAUCUGAAGAGAUGGGAAACGCUCAGCAGCACCGAAAAGGAACUGGCAGAGCUGUGGGCAACCCUGGUCAAUGGUCUGAACGCCAAGACUCUGCAUCCCGAGUCUGAUUUCUUUGAAAGUGGUGGGCACAGUCUGCUUGCCCAGCAGCUUCUUCUCACUCUCCGCAAGAACCUGGGGGCCAACGUGUCCAUCAGCACACUGUACUCGAACUCAUCCCUCAGGGCUCUUAGCACCCAGAUUGACCGCCUGCGUGAGGGCAAGGGCGACUCGGAAGUGACGGAGGAUGUCGAGGCCGCAUAUGCCCAGUCACUCGAAAAGCUUCUCGGUAGCCUCGACGCCAAAUAUCAGACGGCGGACCCUGCGGCACUCUCACCGGCAAGCAAGACGACCGUCUUUGUGACUGGUGCCACGGGCUUCCUGGGCUCCUUCAUCGUCAAGGACUUGCUCGAGCGUGAGAAUGUACACGUGAUCGCCCAUGUCCGUGGAACAAAGGGUGUCCCGGCCGCCCUCGAGCGGCUCCAGAAGUCACUCCGCGGAUACGGACCGCGUCUUGGAGUUGAUGAUGACACUUGGAAGAUGCUUGGCGACACUGUUGAUGUGGUUAUCCAUAACGGCGCCCUCGUCCACUGGGUGAAGCAGUAUAAGCAUCUGGAGCGUAGCAAUGUUCUAUCAACAAUCGAUGCCCUGCGGCUCUGUAACCAGGGCAAGCCUAAACUUUUCUCAUUCGUUAGCUCGACAAGUGUUCUAGACACGGAUCACUAUAUUGACUUGUCACAUGAGCAGACCAAGUCUGGACAAGGAGCUGUCAUGGAAGCAGAUGAUCUCAAAGGUAGUUCUACGGGUCUCGGCACCGGAUACGGCCAGACCAAAUGGGUAUCUGAACAGCUCGUCCGCGAGGCUGGCAGACGCGGCCUCCUCGGAUCUGUCGUCCGACCUGGCUACAUCCUUGGAGACGCUACCACCGGUGUCGUCAACAACGACGAUUUCCUCAUCCGCAUGCUCAAGGGCUGUAUCCAGCUGUCUAGCCGUCCUCACAUAGUAAACAGCGUCAAUGCCGUACCAGUAAAUCACGUCUCAGUCGUCGUCGUCGCAGCCAGCUUGAACUCCGUCCCGGCCGAACCCGCAAACAGUGGCAGCAACGAUGUCGGUGUCCACGUCAUCCACGUCACUGCCCAUCCUCGCCUGCGCAUGAACGAGUAUCUUUCCAUUCUGAGCUACUACGGCUACGAUGUCCCUGAAGUGGAUUACGAUCACUGGAAGGCCCAGCUCGAGACCUUUGUCUCGGAGGGUCCUCUUCAGAAGGACGCGGAACAGAGCGCCCUGAUGCCUCUUUUCCACAUGGCGACGAAUAAUCUCCCCACAAACACUCGCGCUCCGGAACUAGAUGACCGCAAUGCUGUUGCUGUCCUCAAGGCCGAUGCAGACCGGUGGACAGGCGUCGAUGAGAGUGCUGGAGAGGGCAUUAGCAGGGAAGCUGUUGGUCGCUUCUUGAGGUACCUCGCCGAAACCAACUUCCUGGCGUGGCCGACUGGACGGGGUAGGGAGCUGCCGCCUAUCAAGGCUGGUGUUGUCGAGGCGCAGGCGAAAUGGGGUGUUGGAGGCCGUGGUGGUACAGCAUGA